UUCACACCGAAGCGAGUAAAACUACACGUCUUUCGGGUAUGUCGAUAAGAAUCUCGUCUAAGGGUAAGAAAAACUGAUACCGACGUUUGGACUUUGGUUUGAACGAUACUUUGAGCGAUUGACGAUCCCGAUUUUCCGAGUGAUCGCCAUUUUUUUCUUCCUUAUUUUACCACCUCAGGCAUUCUCUUUUGCUUGGUUUGAAACCGUACCUUUACCUUAUAUUCCUUUUCUGCGACUGGUCGGUGAAUCGGAAAAAAAAGGCAAAGGCAUGGAGAAUACGGAAGAUGAAAAACAAGGAAUAGUGGAAGGCUGGAAUUUAUUAAUUGUUGGCAUUUUUGAAACCACCUAAUUUUUUAACAGUAUGUUGAAUCAGGGUUCGAAAAUCGGGAAACCAUAUCGGGAAGGACUUGAGUUUGUUGAAUUCGCUCCAAAUCCCGUGGGAAUCAAGGGGCAUUCGGAGGAAGUCGAGAUUCUUUCUACCGUGUCCGUCGCGGUCUACGUACUCGACACACCUCGUGCAGGAACAAUUUGUCUUUCGGGUGGUGCUUUUUUUAUGUAUACAUAUAAUUCUUCUUUUGGUUCCAGCAGCUUCACCGAAACUCGUACAUUUUAUAUUUGCUUCCAUGAUAGUGGUUCAUCGUGAACUGAUUGAUUGAUUGAUUAAUUGAUUGAUUGAUUGACGGAUUGGUGGAUCGAGGUAUUAUUCUUUGGGUUUUCAGUUAAUCUGUAAUCUGACUAUUUUUAGCACAUUGCGAUCUGGUAGUUUUGGCGCAAGUUUGCCAAGAGCGAGGAAAUCCGUCGGCACGCGCUUCUUCCUCGAUAUUUUGUAUUCAGUAACGCCCGCGCAGCUGAACAGAGAGGAUCGUUCGACUUUGCAAAAUUGGGGAUGAUAUAUGCGCUCAUGGUUAUUUUAAUUGUAUGACUGGAGAAAUUUGAAUGAAAAAAUUUAUUCGAUUCAGUAGAAUCGGAUAAAAAAAAACUAAUAGAAUUGACAAACAAAAAGAUUGAUAAAAAUUCUGAAAAUCGCAACGAACGACGAUGUAUGUGAGAGUGUUUUUCAUUACGGAUGAAACGAGUAGCAUUUCUUUUCGAUCGAUUUUUGAAGUCGAGAAAUGGUAAUAGGUUUAUUUGAUUUUAUUUUUCAUUCCUUUGAGUUUGGCAGUAAAAUGUUUAGAAGCAAAAAUUGAGGAGACAACCGUCCGGUAUCGUGAGACUCGAGGUGAGACUAUCAACCGGAAGGAACGAAUAAAGUAUUAUUGAAUGAAGGACGUUACAAAAUAUUAUAGUGAAUUGAUGGUAAAAAUUGUAAAAAAGUGGAUUCAAAAUCGCAGUUCAAAACCAAGUCAUCGUCAUGCCGCGACUUCAGAUCGCAAAAACUACACACCUCAGUAAGAAAACCAAUGAAGAGGACGAGUCCCGGUCCCUGUCACCCGCGGCAAUAAUCCCGAAGACAUGGUAUUCUCGAUUUUUGUAUGUCGAAAGCUGACGAUUUGUGGCAUGAAAAGUGUUGAAAACAAUUCGUGGAAGGAUUACAUAAAAAGUGGAACGAAAUUUUGUGAUUUUAAAAUUUUUCAUUCCUCGGGAACUCGGGAAUUUUUAGAGAAACGAAAGAAUCUGCAAUUAAUUUGCGGAAAAACAUAUUUUAAUCGUUCGAAAUGCUGAUGUUGUCGUCUCCUUUGUCUCCUUCGCUGCCGCACAACAAGCGCUGGAAAAGGUGCCUAAAGUGAAAACAUAAAAAACAAAAUUUACCGUGACAUUCGAUACCCGGGCGAUAAGCUGACAAGCGAUAAAUGAAAAUUGAGAUAAAAUGACGACGACGACACCGAGUAAUUUGUCGACAAUGUUUUUAACGACAACAACAACUGCAUCCACCGUAACAAUGACAAAUAAUAUAACAGCAAUAUUUCGACAGUUUAAUUGCAACGAUACGUUUUACAAUUGCCUUAAUAAAGGAUGCGGUGGCGGUACAGCAGCGACGGUAACAGCAGAUGCUGCCGAAAAGGAGGGUGAUUUCAUUGCCAUAACGGAAUCUACUGCGAAACAAUUUACGGAUUAUACUUCUUCGGAAAAUCUCAAUAUGUACGACCAUAUGUGCACCGUUGAAUAUGAUACCGCAAUGCUUUGCAGGCCGUGCGAUUACCUCGAGUGCGACGUUAACGUAUCACUUAUUUUAACCGGUAUUGAAAAUCUACAGGGUACGCAGUUUGUAACACAAUUUCCCAGAGGGAAAGAUUGCAACGCUACCUACCUCGAUGAUAUGCUGGAAUGUUCAGGAUUUUCAAGCACAUCUCUACUACCUGGUAUUCCAGCGACGUGCAGUCGGCGUGAACGUCCACCUUGGACGGUAAAAGGUCGUCGUUUCGAUUGGAGUUUUCUCUUCGUCGCGGUUUUCAUAUUCGCCGGUGGUCUCGGAAAUAUUCUCGUCUGCCUCGCCGUCGGUCUUGACCGCCGUUUACACAACGUAACCAAUUAUUUCCUGUUAUCACUCGCCGUCGCUGACCUACUCGUCAGUUUAUUCGUUAUGCCCUUAGGCGCCAUCCCCGGGUUUUUGGGUUACUGGCCGUUCGGCAUCGCAUGGUGCAACGUCUACGUUACAUGUGACGUAUUGGCAUGUUCGGCGAGCAUAAUGCACAUGUGUUUUAUAUCUCUUGGGAGGUACCUUGGGAUCAGAAAUCCCCUGAGAACUCGUCAUAUUUCCACAAAGAGGCUGGUUGGGUUCAAAAUCGCUGCGGUUUGGCUACUGGCGAUGCUCGUUUCGAGCUCGAUCACUGUACUUGGUCUAAUCAAUCCUCGAAACAUCAUGCCGGAGCCUGGUCUCUGCGUAAUAAACAACCGUGCGUUUUUUGUGUUCGGUUCUAUGAUCGCAUUCUACAUUCCCAUGAUAGUUAUGGUAGCGACAUACGCGUUGACCGUACAAUUGUUGAGAAAAAAGGCAAGAUUCGUUGCCGAACAUCCAGAAGGUGAUCAAUUCAGAAGACUUGGAGGAAGAUUCGGUACCUCAAAGGCAUCGAGAAAUCUCACCACCUCAAGAUCAUCGACUAGUCUUUCCAACAGACAUUUGUGGCGAACUUCAGGCGGGAGCAGUGUCCUACACAGUGACAGAAACUUGAACAUUAAUAACAGCUCGUCGCAGCCGCAGUUAAACUUUCCAUCUAUGAACGGAAAUCCCGAUGCGCCCAGAAGAUCCGAACUCGGAAUCACCGGCGGGAUGAGAGAGACAGGAAAAGUUGACCAGGGGACCCAAACUCCUGAAAGUAUCGGACGGGAAACAAGAAACUUGAAACUAAGGACGCUGAAAUUGCAGCUGAACGUAACUCCGAACACCCUGAACCUGAGGUUCCUUGCCGGAAGAACGAAGAGACGAUCAUUAGCAGCGAAUGCAGUUGCUAAUGAACAAAAGGCUAGCAAGGUACUCGGCCUUGUUUUCUUCACAUUCGUACUUUGUUGGGCGCCUUUUUUCCUGCUCAACAUAUUCUUUGCGGCUUGUCCCCGCUGUUCGGUUCCUGGGCAUGUCGUCGACACGUGUUUAUGGCUCGGAUACGUUUCGUCAACGAUAAAUCCGGUAAUCUAUACCGUUUUUAAUCGAACAUUCAGGGCGGCUUUCAUCAGACUUUUAAAGUGUCGGUGUUCCAGGUAA